UGAAGAUUAAUAUUGGUUUUCAUUAAUAGAAAACCUACACAAAGAAAACCAUCUUCUUCUUCUUCUUCUUCUUCUUCUUCUUCUUCUUCUUCUUCUACUUGUUUAUAUAUAUAUAUAGAUGCAUAGAAGAUAGGUAAGGGAGUUGGUGAGAAGAUGGCAAUAGGUGAAGAGAUAAUGAAGGCAGCUAAAUCAAAGGCUUUGGUGAUCAAGAUCAACUUUGCAUUCCUUGCAUUCUUCCUUCUUGUUUACUUAGCUCUACUCUAUCAACCUCAUACUAUGUAUGGAUUGAAUGCGGCGGCUUUUGUUCGAUGUUCAUUGCGCGAAUGCCACAUGAAGAAGAUUGGUGAUAUGCUAAUGGGGAAGGAGAGCAUUCCUAGUUUCAUUGAUGAGUUGAAGGGUGGGAAGAACUUGAGCAUUGGAUUGGUGAACUUUGGAGAUGAUGAAGUGGAGGAAUGGAGAAGAGUAGGGAAUGUGAGUAAAGUUUAUUUUGAUAGGGUGUCUAAGAACUUCGAAUGGAAGGAUUUGUUUCCGGAGUUUAUUGAUGAAGAAGAAGAGAUCGAUGGGCCAUCAUGCCCGGAGAUACCAAUGCCGGAGUUCUCAAAAUAUAGCAAUCUUGAUGUGGUGGUUGCUCGAAUGCCUUGCCGGCGACCAGAGAAUGGAUGGAAUAGGGAUGUGUUUAGGCUUCAAGUACACCUCAUUGUAGCGAAAUUGGCGGCAGAAAGAUCAAUGAUCGGCGAGAAUGGGACGGUUAAAGUGGUGCUAUUGAGUCAUUGCGAGCCGAUGAUCGAGAUCUUUCGAUGCGAUUACAUGUUGAAACAAGAGGAGAAUUGGAGGAUGUAUGAAGUGAAUGUGGAGGAACUCAAAGAAAAGCUUGCCAUGCCUAUUGGAUCUUGCAAGUUAGCAAUGCCAUUGUGGGGAGAAGGGACGAACGAGGUUUAUAACCUAUCGAAGUUCACAGCUCCGGCGAUCCCUAAAAGGCGAGAGGCUUACGCGACCGUCCUCCACUCAUCGGACACAUAUGUUUGCGGGGCAAUAACACUAGCUCAAAGUCUUUUAAAGACGAAGACGGACCGAGACCUCCUCCUCCUCCAUGACAAGUUAAUCCCCGAAGAAAAGCUCAAAGCAUUAAUGGCAGCUGGAUGGAAGCUACAUGAAAUAAAGAGAAUAAGAAAUCCUAGAGCUGAAAAUGGCUCCUACAAUGAAUACAAUUACAGUAAGUUCAGACUGUGGCAGCUCACAUACUACCAAAAAAUAAUCUUCAUUGAUGCCGAUAUCAUUGUUCUUCGAAAUCUCGAUCUUCUCUUCUACUUCCCGGAAAUGUCAGCGACUGGGAAUGAUGGCUCCAUCUUUAACUCUGGAAUAAUGGUGAUUCGGCCAUCAAAAUGCACCUUCAAAACAUUGAUGGAUAAAAGGAGGGAGAUCAUAUCAUACAAUGGAGGUGAUCAAGGAUUCCUAAAUGAAGUGUUUGUGUGGUGGCAUAGAUUGCCGAGAAGAGUGAACUUCUUGAAGAACUUUUGGGCAAACACAACACUAGAGUCAAGCAUGAAGAACUCGCUCUUCGCUGCCGAUCCACCGAAGCUUUACUCGAUACAUUACUUAGGUUUGAAGCCAUGGCUUUGUUAUAGGGACUAUGACUGUAACUGGAACAUCGAUGAUCAGCGGGUUUACGCGAGCGAUAUCGCUCACCAGAGAUGGUGGAAGUUUCAUGAUGAGAUGGAUUUGGAGUUGCAGAAGUUCUGUAGGUUGUCGGAGAGGAGGAAGAUAGAGCUUGCAUGGGAUAGAAAGAUGGCUGAGAAUGUGAAGUAUGCUGAUGAGCAUUGGAAGAUAAACAUUACUGAUAGGAGGAAGUAUGAGUGAGUGAGUGAGUGUGAAAGUUUGAGUUUGUUUAGGAGGGAAAAAAGGAGAACUGUUUUAUUGGUCCACAUUUUGUGAUUCUUUUCUUUGCCAUAUAGAAGAAUAAUACCAUUUUAACUUUUUGUUUUUGAGUUCUUAGUUUUUAUUUUUAUUUUUAUUUUUAUCCUUUUCUUUGUUGCAUUAAUAGAAAGGAGAUGAAUGAGUAAGUUAUUGUUGAUA